AUGUCCGGCCAGCCGCCGCCGCCGCCGCAGCCACAGCCAUUCCGCUUCUGGCUCCCGUAUAGGAGCAAUGUGGGAUCCUCUCGCCAGCAACCACGGCCACCGUCGGGGGCAGUGCCGGCGUCGUCCAGACAUCAGCCGCCCCCGCCGCCGCCACCGCCAACUCCGGCAGGACGGGGAGCGUCACCGGCGCGGGCAAUGGAGGAAGAGAUGAUCCCCGUCCAAGGUGAAUCGUCUGAUGAAUCGGACACGAUUCCUGUCCAUGGUUUGGACUUGUCGCGGUGGCGACGAGCCACGCCGCCGUCCAUGCCCGACCUGGAGCUGACGCUCUCGAGGUCGCCGCGCGCGGGAGAGGAGCGGAGCCCGCGCGGUGGCGAAGGCGGCGGCAACGACACCAAGAUCUCCAUCUCCGGCUUCCCGAGGUCGCGCCUCUUCGACGGCGCGCGCGCGCCUUACCGGCGGGAGAUCGAGGACGGAUUGAAGAGCCUCGCUGGCCGCGUGGCGCCGGCGCCGAGGGCGGACGGCGGCCAGGGGUACCGCGUCAUCACGCUGGCGGGCCACAACGUCGGCGCGAGCAUGGUUCUCGGCGGUGGCCCCAGGGAGCACGAGCCGGAAGGCUCCGCGCGGCCGCCGGCGGUGGCCGCGAACGUGAACAGCAACGUGCAGAGCGUGAACAACUCGUCGAUGGAGGCGAGCACCUGCAGCGCCGGCGACCCCGGCGUCCGCGUGGACAUCAAGAACGCGCGCGACGAGCCGGUGGUGGUGGCGGCGCCGCCGAAAAGGGCGCAGGAAGAAGAGAAGCCAAAGGAGACGGUGGUGCGGCGGCCGCCGCUCGCCGUGCCCGCGCCGCAGCCGGAGAACCGCGAGGCGCCGCGGCCGCCGAGGGCGAGGCGGUGCCUUCGCGCGCUGAUGAUGGAGAGCGAAAGCGACAGGGAGGCAGCACAGAAGCCGACGCCGAAACCGAAGCCGAAGCCGAGCGCGUGCCGGUUCCAGUGCGUCACGGAUCACGCGCCGAAGCCGGCGGCGACCAGCAACGGCGGCGGCGACGGGAAGAGCGGAGAAGAAGGCGGGAAAGAGAACACGAGGUGA